AUGUCUCAAGCCGCCUCUUUCACAUAUGAAAACUCGACCCCUGUGGAAAAGAAGAGAAACUGGAGGGCGAUGAUCCUCUCGUCCGUGAUUGGUGGAGCGGUUGUGAUCUUGUCUUUCUUCGCCAUCUCUGCUCUCACGCCACCAGGGGAAAUCUGCUUCAUAGCCGUCACAACAGUCUGGGGAAUCUCCACGAGGGUAGCUGGUAAUGUCCUUGGCUCGGAAAGGGUGACUUACAUCCUCCGCCAAGACCUAAUCCAACAGUCCUACCGAAAAACCAUCGACAAGUACAUCGGGUCCACGCUACAGAAUGCUAUUACCAGUAUCCGUACACAGGAGCCCUCCAAGUUUCAGAAAAGGUUUUACUUCGACGUGGACUACAAACUUCGCUUCACUAUUCGGGAGAAGCGUCGCUUGUUCUUUGACCUCUCUUACAAAGUCAUCACUCCAUCUGGGAAAUCGCCUCGACCAUUGCAACAGGGCGUUUCAGCACCCGACUUGCCUAAUUACGGCCCUCAAAGCACUCAGACGGUAAUGACCGAGGCGAAGAGCCUUGUUGAGGGUAUUCGUCACGGUAUUCAAGAAGGCGCGCUCCUUGGCCUCACCAGCGGAGCCUUGGCCUGUCUGUUAUGUCUCGUCUUUGGAAAGGCUGGCAUCUUGCUCGGCAUAAUAGGCGCUACAAUUCUCGUAGCACAGAACAAUCGUUCCGCGAUUCCGUUAGCGACACCAGACAAAGCCGCGCUCACUGAAGAAUUUGGCGGAGAAGCACGGCACCAAAUGAUGCGCUUGGUGCGCUGUGCUACUGACAAUGCCGUUGGAUUGGAGCUCAACAUGGGGAUUUGGUCUACGGCAAUUGAAACCGAGGCCGCGAAUCCGAAAAUUGGAGCGUCCUCGAUGAUUUUCUUCUGUCACCAGACUGUUCCGCUGAUGGUCGAAGAGGGAGAACCAGAUGGUAGCUUUAUCGCAACGAAUAAUAAGGAUGGGGGCAGGCGCGAAAAUAAAAAGGGGCGGUGA